ACCACAAUAUUCCUGUUAUACUAACAUGGACUUCCUGGCUGCUGGUGUGAAGGACGAUCUGCAGCAGGUGUGACGUGAGUCCUGCGACUGUGCCGCGGUAACCAGAGAACUAUAUUCAGUUAGUUGCACAGUCGCAGUGGAUAUUAAUAGCUUUACUGAAAGCUACGCAGACACAGAAGGGGGAGGGAUCCCACUGCUUGUCCGUACAUAAAGCAUCCUGAUUGUAGACCGUCUCCAUAAGAGAGCAGACACACUAAGCCUACAGAUAGACAGCACAAAAGGAGCCACUGGGUGCGGGCAGCUGAGUUUACACAGCUGUACAAAAGGACGAAGCCUGCAUUUUUUUUUAUAUAGACACAAGCUAGUAUUUUAGAGCAUGGGCAUGCAUGGAACCAAGCCUCAGAAACAAGCUCAGGUCCUGAUGCUGGGCCUGGACGGAUCAGGAAAGACCACUCUGCUCUAUAAGUUAAAGUACAACGAGACCGUGGUGACGGUUCCAACUGUGGGCUUCAACGUGGACACACUGGAGACCGACAGGAGCAGCCCGGGCUUGACGGUGUGGGACGUGGGGGGCCAGAAGAAGAUGAGGCCCCAUUGGAGGCAUUACUAUGCUGAUACAGCCGGACUGGUGUUUGUGGUGGACAGCUGUGAUCAUAAACGACUGGAUGAGGCCCGCAAGGAACUUCAUCGGGUCAUAAAGUUUGAGAGUCUCAGGGGAGUUCCGCUCGUGGUCCUUGCCAACAAACAGGACCUCCAGGCGGCUCAGAGCCCAGAAGCACUCUGCCUGACACUGGACCUGGGAAGAGUGUGUGAGGGCCGAGCCUGGUUCAUCCAGCCCUGUUCAGCUACAACCGGCGUGGGACUAGAGGAAGGUUUCAGGAGGAUCGUCUAUCUGAUGAAGACUCCAUUUAAACAGACUCAAGAGGACUUCAAGAUUAAAAUGAAGUCCAAGGGCCUCAGCGUCACCGCUGUCAAACAAGCUUUGCUCUGCAGCAGAUGAUGGAUGAAAACCAGUUUUGAAGAUUUAUUCAAGUGGUAUGAUUCCUCUUGCCUGCCUGUGUUUAAAUCCUCAGGAAAUCGCCUCAGCGUGGUUUUCUGAAGGAUUAACUGUGAGGAGGUAAAAAAAAAAGUAGGCAUGACCACAGCUCUGUGGUAAAAAGCCCUUUUAAUCGUGGGGAAGACAAAGUGUCCUUGGACCAUUGUGAUAACCCAUGAGGAGGCUGUGAGUUAUCUCAGGUUAGACCAGCUGGUGUGUUACAAGCUGAUAUGAACUGUUGCAAACAAUUCAGUCUGAGUGUUUUUAUGACAGAAACUGGCUGAUAAAAACCUGCAUUGUUGAGUCAAGAUUCUGUGGCUCAAAGAAAUGUUGUUCUCGACUUAUUUUUUAAUGGUAAUACUGUAAAUUCAUUUGAAUAAAAUGUAUAAAGACUUGCUUAUAAUGUUUAUUUUGUUCGUUGAUUGCAUUACAAUAAACUAUUGUAAAGACUUUAUGUGAUUAUACUGUUGAUUUUGGUUAUUGAUUGCAAUAAAAAUAUCUAAGAUAA